CCCCUCCUAAAAUCGAGUCCUUUGCGUUGCUGUUCCCCCAAUUUGCAAGCCCAUCACGACUAUGGUGGUUGUUGCAGGAGGAGAUCGGCAUUACAGAUUGAUGAUCUAGGUUGAUGAGGGCCGGGGAUUUCAGAAAAGCUGUGGCAUUUUAUGGCAUUUGGAUCAUUAGUGGAUAAUCAUGUCAGUGCUCUCUUUGUCAGAAGUUCAAUAUAUUGGGGAGCAGAAUCCAGGAGUAAAGCCAAUGGAUGAUGUUGUUGAAGAACACAUGAUGCUGCAAGUAGAGCAUCCACAGCAAAGAGCUGUUGACAAACUAGCAUUCACUAUUCACGACAGGAAACAGAUUGUACCUGACGAUUAUUAUCAACGGAGAGCUUGUGAUGUUGACCAACCAAAUGAUUCUAAUGGGAAUGUGGACACUCUGACCAAACUUGACUGUGCUCAAGGAAACUCUGUAAAUGUAAAUGGCUUCCUUGCUGCUGAGAACCCCUUGUCGAAAGUUAAAUGUUGUAAACUAUCACAAGGAGAUGAAAGAUUAAAUAAAAGCACUGAGGGAAAUACUAACUUCAUAAAAAAUAAUUCCUUUUACCAGGAGGUUUGUGAUCUUUCAAAUGGUAGCAUGGAGGAAGAAGCCAUCUCCCUUAAAAAUGAAAGCAAUACAGACAAAUCUGAACAACUCAAGGGGGAAGAAUUGGCCCCCGUCUGUGUUUCACAAAACAAUUUAGACCACAGCUACACUGGACGAGAACAAGGACUGGAGGUAGCGAGUGGUAUUUGUGGAGCUUGCAACUAUGUGGUACAUUUAGUGGGGGACAGAGUAAAUCAGACAAAUGAAAACAAGGAUGGUUCUCAGGUAUCCAGUGACAUGGACCUCCUCAGAAGUGCUACUUCAGAUUCUUGUAGGGAGGAAGAGGACCAGAAUACUACUGUAUGUGAGCCAUCAGAUCUUGCCAGUUCAAUUGAUUAUGAACAAGGCAUUUUAUCUUUGCAGUGUCAAGAUUGUAAAUCUUUCACUUCCAGCAAGGACUAUCACCUUUCAAAGGAAAAGGUGGGUGACAAGGUCCAAGAUAACAAUCUAGUGGGAGAAAUUGGCCCUUCAGGAGUGGAAUUUCCUGCUGAAGAACAACCUGUCGCACUCUGGGUGAAGAUGGAUCUGACUGUGUGGUGGGUGGUUCUAUUGGCUGCCUCCAACUUUGGAUAUGCUCUUUCAUCAAACGAAUCCCUAUGUCCAAGGGUUGACUGUCCUUUACCAACUUUGAGGGCAAAGCCUACUCAUGAGAGGAAAAAUUACUUUGCAAUUUUCUUUCCUCGUACCAGGACAUAUUCUUGGGCAGAUAUGCUACUUGUUCGUUCAAUUGAUGAGUUGCCAGAACCUCUUGUUUAUGGUACUCAUCGUAAAUGGAGGAGAUUGGUUAAAGACUUGACUGUUCCACGCCGUUAUAUCAUGCAAAAACUUGCUGUUGCGAUGCUAAAUAUCAAUGACCGGCUACAUACAGAGGCUGUAGUUGAGCAUGCUCGGAAAGCUACAACAUGGAAGGAAUUUGCAGUGGAAGCAUCUCGCACCAGAGAUUAUUCUGAUCUUGGAAGGAUGCUAUUGAAGCUUCAAACUAUGAUACUUCCGAGUUAUAUAAGCCAGCUUUGGUUGAAUGCCUCUUUUAACUCAUGGGCACAAAGAUGUCAGAGUGUACACAGUGCAGAGACUGUUGAAAUACUAACAGAGGUACUUCGAUUCUGUUUUUGUGGAAUGAGGUGGAGGAGCUUGAAUGCCCCUGUUCAACCAGAUAUAGGCCCUGAGUGGAAAACUUGGAAGCAGGAGGUCAUGAAAUUCUUCUCCACUGCAUACCCAAGAGCUGGUAAAUUGGACACAGAGCGGAAGAAUGAUGACAGUUCUUUAACUAUGGGAAUUCAAAUUAGUAGGAAGCGUCCUAAGCUUGAAGUGCAACAAGCUGAUAAAUCUGUUUCUGCAAGUUUAUUAUCUGAGCCCACCAAGUUGGAUGCUGAUUCUGGGCAUUCCAAUUGUCAGGGCAUUGUAAAAUAUGUUCCAACAGGUGCCGCCCAGGGUAAUGUAAUUCCUGGUCUGGCUGCUGUAGAAGGUUCUAGCACAAUGAGUGACACUUUUAAUGAGAUUGGUGUUGAAGAUGAAAGCAUCCAAUUUGCACAGGGUUCAUUUGCAAGUGGGGCAUGCAACAAGACUGCCAUGGUAAAUUCACAUCAUAGUCCUGAUGCGAUGAAAUAUAGGCAAUGUUCAGCCUUUAUAGAAGCCAAGGGAAGACAGUGUGGACGGUGGGCAAAUGAUGGUGAUAUCUUCUGUUGUGUGCAUUUGAAUUCUCGUUCUGUGGGAAAGCCUAAUCAUGAAGAACAUAACACUCCUUUGGAAGCACCAAUGUGUGAUGGUACAACAACUAAUGGCAACAAAUGCAAGCAUCGAGCCCGAUAUGGUUCAGCAUUUUGCAAGAAACACCGUAGCCAGAAAAUUAAUGAUCCCAUGGUUGUUAAUGAUCUCUCAUAUUCCUGUGUUAAUGAGCUCAAGAGAAAGCAUGAUCAUAGCACUGCCCUGGAACACCUUCCAAGUCCGGUCACUAUUUCUGAGAAAAAUUUCGGUUGGGCUGGUGAGGCACAAACUUCUUUGCAAGAGAACCUGAUCCCAGUAAUGGUGGAAGAAACCUUGGAUGAGAGAAAUUGUUUAAUGAAGAAAUCUGAACUAAGCAGUGCUCCUUCUACUGCAAGUGCCACUAGUCUUGAUUUACCACUGUGCAUUGGACAUUAUGGCCGCAUUAAUGGUGAACAGUGCCUGGAGGUUGCUAAGAGACACACCUUGUAUUGUGAAAAACAUCUCCCAAAAUUUCUCAAGCGUGCAAGGAAUGGGAAGAGUCGACUGGUAUCGAAGACGUAUUUCUUGAUCUUUUUCAGGAAUUGCUCUUCAAGGAAACAAAAACUAUACCUACAUCAAGCAUGUGAACUUCUAUAUGGGUUCAUGAAAAGCAAUCUAUCCCACCAAAAGGCAGUUCCUAAGGAUGACAGCAUGGGAUGGGUAUUAUCAGAAGCUUCUGUUGAUCAACAUGUAGGGGAGUAUUUAUUGAAGCUGGUGUCAAGUGAGAAGGAAAAAAUAACUAGGAUUUGGGGGUUUGGUGCAGACAAGGUUAACCAAGUACCUUCUUCCAAAGCUAUAGUGCAUGACCUUCUAGUUCAUGAUGGUGAUCAGUCUGAGACGACUGUAAGGUGCAAAAUUUGUACUGAGAAAUUCUCUGACAAUCAAAAACUGAGUUUACAUUGGACUGAGAUCCAUAAAAAAGAAUUGCGGUGGCUUUUUAGAGGGUUUGCUUGUUCAAUUUGCAUGAACUCCUUCACAAACAGAAAAGUUUUUGAAACUCAUGUGAAAGAGAAACAUGGGAUGCAAUUCCUUGGACAUUCUGUCCUGCUUCGGUGUAUGUCAUGCAAUAGCCAUUUUCCAAGUUCAGAUCAGUUAUGGCAGCAUGUUCUCUCUUUCCAUUCUUCAGAGCUCUGUCAGCAAGAUCUCAGUCAACAGCAAUGUAGGGUCGUGACUGAAGCUGAUCAACCUGAUUCUGAGCUGUGCAAUAAGAUGAGGGGCUCCCAAAGAUUUGUUUGCAGAUUCUGUGGCUUGAAGUUUGAUCUUCUACCAGAUCUUGGUCGUCACCAUCAAGUAGCUCAUAUGAGCCACUUUACAUCGAAGAGGGGAAAUAAUCAUCUCAGGCGAGGUAGGCACUGCUAUCCUAGACUCAAGCGAAGUUUUGAUGCGGCUUUUAGAAUUAAGAAUCGCAGUAACUUGGGCACACAAAAGCAGUUUGAGUCUUCUAACUCAGUCAUAGCUGCAAGGGCAAGGUUACAAACUCAAGCAUCUGAAACAGCUAGUCUUGGAAGGCUGCUAGACUCUCAUUGCUCAGAUGUUGCAUUGACCUUAUUUUCUGAGAUCCAGAAAACAAAGCCUCGGCCUAGUAACCUUGAGAUUCUUUCUACUGCUCGCACUGCUUGCUGCAGGACUAGCCUUCGCGCUGCACUGGAAAUUAAGUAUGGUUUGCUGCCAGAAAAUCUUUGCUUGAAGGCAGCUAAACUUUGUAGUGAACUGAAUACUCCAGUAGAUUGGCACCUAGAGGGGUUUAUUUGUCCCAAAGGAUGUAGACCUCUUACACUGCCUCAUUCUUUACCCCCUCUCAAGCCUGCUACUGGUCCAUUCAUCAAAUCUUCUAGUCAUAUGGAGUUGGUGAAUAUUGCUGAGUGGGAGAUGGAUGAAUGCCAUUAUGUUCUUGAUUCAAAGCAGUUCAUUUCGAAACCAGUUCAAAAACCCAAAAUUUUGUGUGAGGAUUUGAGCUUUGGAAAGGAGCCUGUUCCAGUACGUUGUGUAAUAGAUGAGGGUCUUGAGAAUUUUCAUAAUGAAGAGCCUGGCUUAGAUAUGCCAUGGGAAGGUUUUGCUUAUGUUACAAAGAGGGUUAUAGACUCAUCCCUUGGUCUUGAUAUAGAGAAUUCACAGCUAGGAUGCGCUUGCAUAGGCUCGAAGUGCUACCCAGAAAAUUGUGACCAUGUCUAUCUCUUCGAGAAUGAUUUUGAAAAUGCUAUGGAUAUUCAGGGUGAGCCAAUGCAUGGUAGAUUCCCAUAUGACGAAAAGGGUAGAAUAAUUUUGGAGGAGGGCUAUCUUGUUUAUGAGUGCAACUCCAUGUGUAAAUGCGACUCCUCAUGUUGUAACAGGAUCCUUCAAAAAGGGGUCCAAGUUAAGCUUGAAGUUUUUAGAACAGAAAAAAAGGGCUGGGCUGUCAGAGCUGGAGAAACUAUAUAUCGCGGUGCAUUUGUUUGUGAAUACAUUGGGGAAGUUCUGAGUGAUGUAGAGGCAAACAAGAGGGGACAGAGGUAUGAUAUUGAGGGAUGCAGCUACUUAUAUGAUAUUGAUGCUCACAUUGAUGAGGCAAAUGGCUUGAGUGGAAUGGUGCCUUAUGUGAUUGACGCCACACAUUAUGGGAAUGUUUCACGGUUUAUUAAUCACAGCUGUUCUCCAAACCUUGUGAAUUAUUUGGUGCUAGUGGAGAGCAUGGAUUGUCAACUUGCUCAUAUUGGUUUCUAUGCAAGUCGGGAUAUUUCCAUUGGUGAAGAACUUGCUUAUGACUAUCGAUACAAGUUGCUGCCAGGAGACGGAUGCCCAUGCCUCUGUGGAGCAUCGAACUGCAGGGGUCGUCUAAAUUAAAUUUUUCAUUGUCAUCGGCUGAAGUAUAUAUAUUGUUCCUGAAGAGAUUGACUUUGAUAAGUUGCUGUUCCUAGAGAUUGGGGAACCAUUGUUCCGAAAAAGGGUGAUCCUAAUCCAGAUCUAUUCAAGGAUCUGUGUCCAUAUAUCAACCUCAGGGGAUUGACAAAGUUACAGCAGCCUUUAGUUUGUGUUCAUAAUGAUUCAAUUAUUGUCUAGAGGCCUUCAAACUGGUGGCCUUUGUGUCCGACGAAAAGAAGGCGCAUGAUUGUCCUGGUGAAAGCUGACAACUUUGACUUGUAAACAGAUGCUCAAUUUUAAUAUAAUUUUUUUUUUUAAUC